AUGAGCUCAAAAGUCAAGUCUGAAAAGACGAAAGUGAAGUUCGCCCAGUCAAAUAUUAAUCAUGUAUACAAAGGAAAUACUACGGAAACUCACCACAAACCAACUGUGCGGCAAUAUGGAAUGCAAGUUGUGGGAAAAUUGCAAGGAACGCGUCGACUACCCCCACCGGCAUGGGUGCCUAGUAUCAAGGCUGAAACAGGUGGGUUGGACAGUCGAGUUUCUCUUGUUCCCGCGGGUGGGGGUGGGUGGGGGGCACCACCAACCUCAACGUGUAAUACAGAGCAACCGACUGUACCAUCUCCAGAAUCAGACAAUGUCGCGACUGUACCUAAAUUACCCUCCGUGAACGGUGCGUUGUACAGUGAAACAGUUGGAAUUUCUCUUGAACCAGCUUAUGCAAAGACUGCUUACGGUAACUCAGGACCGUCGAUCACUGGUCCAUCAAUUACGAAGGCAGAUACAUCUGUCGGUGUAAACGGUCCUGUUAAGACGAGUGAUACUCAUCAAUCAGUCGAUGAAGUUCAACCGAAAGAUAAAGUGCCCAAUCAAUUGCUGAAGUCUCUUAAUGAUAAGCCGAGCUCUGGUGGAGGAUUGGCAGCUAACAAGCCGUUCUUCCAAAGACCUGUUCCGAUUGUAACCACCUCCUGUACUGCAACUACUAUAUCUACUAAAUCUGAAAGUCCGAGCAAACCUGGUAGUGGUGCUCGCGAAAUAGUUGGAGAACCCAGUGGUUGGGUUGCUAUUGGUCAAGAUGAACCUGACUUCGAUGAACGUAUUAUCUUUAGUGAUGAUGAAGAUUGUGAUGAAGUAAAACCAGCAAGGUCAGUCACAUCAGCACAUUUGACAGAACAUCCUGCACAAUUUUCAAUGUCUCCCCCUCCAACUGCCGUCAAAAGUAAUCUGCAUCCUAUACCCAUGAAGCCUUUCGUUAACCCAGUGACCAGCCUUUCAGCUGAUUGUGCCGUCCAGUCACAUUCAACUUUGCCUCAAAAAGUAUAUAUGGAAGACUCCAGUAUGAUAACAUCAGAUCCUUGGUCUUCGGCAAACAUCUACACUGUUAACUCUUCAGCUAGUCACCCAAGACCUAUCACGCAAAAUUUACCUUACAGUAUGUCAUCGGUGAAUACUCAUUGUGGGAUUACUCCUGAAACUAAUCGUCUUGUACCAAGUUCACAGUUUAUAAACCAUGCUACAUCUACUGGUGUUAUGGAUUCGUUUUAUUCUACACAUCCACUCCAGAAUCGUUUGACAGUACCCAUAACCAACAGUGUUGCCGAUUCUGUAAGAUCAGCAACCGAUGUCGACAGUGAAUUGCAACAGGCUCAACGGCAAGCGCGAACGCAAGAAUUUAGGAAUGCGGUUGAAAGAGCUCAACAAGCACGAGCACGACAGAGGCUUUCUGAAAGUUGUUCAGCCGACAGUGACAGUAUGUUAUCCAAGUCUGCUCUAGGUUUAUUGUCAACUAUGCCAGAAAACCGACCUAUCUCUUCUGUUCCUUCUCCUUUUGUUACGACAGCCUGUCAAGCCGGUCCUAAUUAUUUGUUCUCCAUGAGUGACCCCUCCGUCAGUUCUGUGCUUAACGUCCCUGCACAUGGUCUACUUCCACAAGCGUUCCCAACAUCGGGACCGCUUGAUAUAACUACUGCAAUCGCUGCAGCUACUGCCGCUGCCAUGGCAUACACAGGUGGUUCGGAUGGUGGCGUUCCUGUAAGAAGUGGAAUGGAAAUCCCCAUCAGUGUGCCCACGAUAAUUCCUCAUACACAAGUUCCGAUUUCUGUAAGUUCGAAUACUGCCGCUGCAGGGUCAUGGCAAGCUGCAUUUGCAUCGGGCAAUUCGAUGCCAGCCGCUUUGGUCCGACUACUGUCCCAGCAACCUCAUAUGGCACAGCUGUUACAGAAUGCAUUGAAUAUGUCUGUAGGUAGCUCUGCUCAAGGUGUGUUUCCACAAAUUAAUCGGUCACCGGGACCACCAGUUAGUUCAUCUAAAAGUACGUCGUUCUCAGAAACAAAUAUUCAACCUCCUAUGUCAAAUCUGCAACAAGAGCAGUCUCCUGUUAAUGCUGCGGAUUCUGGUAUACGAAGUAAUCUGAAAUCUACUACUCAAGCAUUUAGUAAUCUUGAUGAUUCCGCCUCACAGAACAUGGAAUUCGAUGGAUCGAGCGAAAAAGCUCAUCGUGUUCACAAGGUGUCUCAGUUAUCCAUUCGACCAGAUGCUCCAACAGUUGCUACCAGUGCUACUGUGACAUGUAGUGGUUCUUCCGCCCAGCGAACUUCUCGUGUUCCUGGUUUGAUGGAUAUCAAGGUGUACUGUGCAUCAUCUCAACACUUAGCUCAUCUUUGGGACAAGGAAGACAACUUACUGGAUACGGGAAAUCGUGCAUUUCGUGGGCGUGGGAGGAACUUGACGUCUCACAAACUUCAGCGAAGUGGCACUCGAGGACAUGGAACCGCCAGAAGCCAUCUUCUGGACUCAGUGACUAGUGAUUUUAAAUCUAUGAACCUUCGCGAUACGGAUGAUCGUCAAUAUCCUUUGGAAGACUUUGAUGUGUCGUAUCGUGCACAGAGUAUGUCGAAGUCAUCAAAACCGUGGAGUUCAAAGCCAUCACAUAGUGUCGACGAUACAGCUUUGGAUUCCUAUAAUGCAAGUGCCCGAACCAAAUCAGGGUUUGCUUGUGAUGAUCACAUAGGGAACAGAAAACAAACUCGAAAUAUACCUGACGAUAAUUUCUGGAUCCGUUCUGAUUUAGAUAUUAAUUCACCGUUUAUAUCAUCUAGUGAAGAUGAUAUUGAUGAAUGUGGUGUCCUAAGUGAUGUUCAGGAGGCUGAAGCUACCGAGGAGGAUAAAGGAUAUGAACAGUCUAUUAAUGAUCUCAGGAAAAAAGUUGACCCACGUUUAAGUAAGUUCUCACAGCCUAACCAAACGGCAGUUGCGGAUAACCAGGACAGGAACAGGAAUUCCAGUACUUACAACAGACGGGGUCGACGUGGUCGUGUUGCAACGGGCAGUCAUUUUACUAGUUCAAGGAGCUAUACCACCGAUGACUUUUCUUCAUAUUCGAAACGUUAUUCAAAAGGUUCUGAGCAUGAUUACUAUUGGCGUCAACAGUACGUUUCGUCAUCGAGAGGGUUUCGUGCAGGUCAAUCUACUGGUUCGAAUACUGACCAGCAUAAAAUCGCAGCAACGAUGAUAUUGUUUACAAACCAUCUGAACGCUCAAGCAGAAGUGCUACGUCAGGAAGCUUCACCGGAAAUUCAUCUGGAUAUUUAA